ACAUGGAUAGGUUAAAUGUUGGUGUGAUCAUGGAUACAAUUGUUAGUUUUGGCUAUGAAGAUGUUAUGAUUAAGAAUGUGUAUUACACAACAAUUGGAGGAAGUGUUAUGAAAUUAAAGUGUUUGGCUAGUGAUGACAGUAUUAGGGACAUUUUGCGCAUGGUGCGUGCUGAGGGUUGUGUUGAUAUAUAUGUUGAUCAUGAGGUCAAUUUUGCCCAACUUGCUUUUCCACAAUUAUGUAGGGUUGGUAACAAUGUAGUUGAGGAGGGAGGCAGACAUGAAGAAAGGGUAGAUGAAGAGGAAAGUGGACAUGAAGAAAGGCUAGGUGAGGGUAUUGAUGGAGAGGUUAGUGGGGGAGUAGAUGAAGGUGACUUGGGUAACAUAACCCAAGAGUGCCCUAUUGGUAGUAAGGGUAAUACUGGGAAUACAAUUGAGAAAGGUGAAUGUAGUAAGGGUAAUAGAGGUAAUUGUGGAAGUGGAACAGAGCUUGGGUCUAUUAGGAGACCAACAGAAGUGUUAGAAGUUCCCAAUGGGCUUCAAACACCAAAAGGGGUCAAGUACAAGCAUGUUGCAAAAAAGCAAACCCCUAGAUCUACUCCUAUAAAAAAGCCAACCCCUAGAUUUACCCCUAUAAAGAAGCUAGCCACUAGAUCUACUCCAGUCUCUAGGGGUAAGAAGCUUGCAUCGUCAGAUCCUGCUGAGUUGAGUAGGUUGAGGAAAGAAAAGGCAAAGCUUGCAGAAAAAAGGUACAAAACACUACCUCAUUGGAGGGAAUGUCAAAAGGGAAAGGAUUCAACACCAACUAAACAGAAGAAAGGAGAUCCUCUACAUUCUUCUAAAGGUAUUCCUGUUGAGAAUGAUGUGUUUGAAAGUGACAAGGAUGGCAGAGAUAGUCACUAUAAAAACAGUGAUGAUGCUGGGAAGUUGAGGGAUUCAUCUAUUGAGUCUGAAGAAGAAAAUUUGUUUUUUGUUUCAUAUGAUACAACAAGACAAAUGAGAGCUUCUAAUGUGUACUUUAAUCCUUCUUGGGAUGUACCAUUCUUUGAAGUUGUUAUGAGAUUUCAAAAUGCAGCACAAUUCAAGGAAGCAGUGAGAAAGUAUUCUGUGAGGAAAGGUUGUCCUUUACUCCAUAUAAGGAACGAGCCUAAGAGACAAAAGUUCAUUUGCAAAUCUGGUUUGUGUUGUUGGGAGAUUUAUGGUUCAUAUGUCAAUAAAGAUGACAAUUUCCAGGUAAAAACAUACUACUCUGAACAUACAUGUGUUAAAAAUUCAGAAAACAAGAUGAUGACAGCUGUGAUGGUUGCUGAGUACUUUAAAUCAAGAAUUUAUGCUACACCUUUUUUGAAAUGCAAAGAUAUGAUGAUAUUUGCAUACAAUGAGUUGAGGGUUAGUAUAAAUUAUAAGAAAUGUGUUAGAGCCAAGAAGAUGGUAUUGAAGGAGAUGGAGGGGAGUUUUAAGGAUGAGUAUGCCAUGAUUCAUGCAUUUGGUGGGUAUUUGAAGGAGGUCAAUCCUGGAAACUCAGUUUUCAUUAAAACUGAAGAAAAUGAUGUUGGUGAGAGAGUGUUCAUGAGAAUAUAUGUUUGUUUGAAAGUUAUCAAAGAUGGUUGGAAGAAUGGUUGUAGAGGAAUCUUUGGAGUUGAUGGUUGUUUUCUUAAGGGAAUUUGUAAGGUUGUACUACUGUUUGCUGUUGGUCGUGAUGGAAAUAACCAGAUGCUUGCAUUUGAUUUGGAGGUUGGAACUGGGCAGGGUUAUACAAUGAUAUCUGACAGGCAUCCAGGAAUUAUCUGUGCAAAGGCAGAGAUAGCUGCAAGGGCAUCAUACCAAAUUGAAUUUCUGGAGGAAAUGGAGGAGUUGAGGGGAGUAUCCAAGGAAGUUUAUGCUAAGAUGAUGGAUCUGCCAGGAAGGUUUUGGUGCAAAGCAUUCUUCGAUGAAGACUAUAAGUGUGAUGUUGUUGAUAACAACAUGUGUGAAACAUUCAAUUCAUGGAUUUUGGCUGCUAGGUGUAAGGCAAUCAUUUCUAUGAUUAGAGCUUUAAUUGACCAGUUGAUAGAGAGAUUUAAGGAAAAAAGAUUGUUUGCAGAGACAUGGCCGAAUGAUAUUGCACCUAGAGUCAUGAAAAAGAUAAAGGAAAAUACCGUGAGAGAAUGGAAUUUAACUAGAAUCCCCUACCCUCAUGUCUUGGCAGUUGUUAGGUACAUGAAUUGGAAUUAUGAAGAUUUUGUUCAUGAGCACUAUAAGAAGGAAAAGUACUUGCAAGCUUAUAGGAUUGCAUUGGAGUGCCUUAGAGGCAAUGAGGUCUUGAAGAGGAGACCAAAAGGAGGUUGUUUACCACCAGUGUUGGGAACACCACCAGGACGACCAAGGAGGAAUAGAAGAAAAGAUAAGCAUGAGCCUAAGAAAGCUAAGGUGGGGAAAUUCACCAAGUUGUCCAAGCAUGGGUCUGUGAUGAGUUGUAGCUUGUGCGGUCAACAGGGACACAAUAAAGCUGGAUGUCCCAGAGAGGAGGAGUUAGUAGGGACCAAUCAAAGCAAUGAUGAUAAAAAGCAUCAAAAGAAAAAGGCCAACCAAAAACCCAAGGUGACUAUAGGAAAAGGAAAAGGGAAGAAGGUGCAAGAACAAACUAAAAAAAUUACCAAAAAAAAGGUGAAUGAUGCUAAAGGCAAGGAACCACUUAAAAGGGAAACGAGGGCCAAAAGAAAGAUUGAUUGUGUUGAAGGAGUAGUCAUCAAUGAAGGCAAAAAUGACUCAAGAAAGAAGACAAAGCAAUCAUCUGUAAAGGGAAAAGAGAAAGCAUGACUCAAUGCCAUUUUAUAUUUUCUUGUUUUGGGGAUGUACAUGUGGUUAUAAUGCCUUGCUUUAUUAUAUCUUGUCUUGCUUUAUUUUAAUGGCAUUAUAUUCAAUCAAAUUUGCUUGUGUAG